UUCGGCUGUUUUGGACUUUGGUUGGCUUAACUUUUGACGGGGAGGCAAUGCCUCUCUGCGGUCCGUGAGUAGCGCAUUACGGGAGGGCGGAUCAUCGCAGAGGCAGCGACACUCACAGAUUCCCGACUAACUGUCAAAAACAGGCAGCGAACGGACAAUGGCAGACCAGGACCUGAGUCUGAGCGAUGCUCUGACUGACAGUGUGCCUCAGUCCGGCCCAGAGGACUUGGUGCAGAGGGACUUUGUGGCUACGCUGGAGGCCGAGACCUUCGACGACCAAGUGGGGGAGACGGUGGGAAAGAAGGACUACAUCCCCCUGCUGGACGACGACGACAAGAAGGACGAUGCAGAGCCAGUGUUGGAAAAUGGAGAGCAGCAGUCCCAUGGGGCACAGAACCCUGCAGGUCUGGCAGUGACGCUGGGAGGACAGAAACCAGCGCAGCGCCCGGAACCACAGGGGGAAGUGCGCCCCCACCCAACAGAACAGCGUGUCUUCGCAACAGAUUUUCUGUCAGGCUCAAUGAUGUCUGGGUUUGGGAAUCAGUGGGACAGCCAGCCAAUAGCCCCCCAGAUGCAAGGCGGGGGCCUGAUGGGCACUUUCCCAGGCUUCUCCCAGCCCGGAAUGGUGAACAUGGAUGUGGGGAUGGCUCCCUUCCAGACAGAGAGACCCCCCAGCAUCGCUGAGCCUCAGAAGUCUCCCCUGUCGCUCGCCUCCGAACCCCAGAAACAGCCCCCGCCGUUCUCUUCCCCAGGACUCCUGGGUGACCCCUGGGAGGUCCACGGCGGGCUGCAGUCGGACUUGACUUUCACCCCCAGCGUAUCCACGGUGAUCAGUCGCCAUGCCAGCCAGUUGGCUGAGAGCCCCCUGGACCCCCAGUGGCCCCACCAUCAGAGCAUGGGGGCGGGGGACGAGAGGGAGAGCGAGGUGGCCGACAGAAAGCAGCAGCAGAAGAAGAAGAAGAAAAGGAGGCCCCGGGAGGAAGUGUACGAUCUCCUGGAGAACAGGGGCCCCGCGGAUAAUCUGGGCGAGAACACCCUGCCAACCGACAGCCCCCGCAGACCCUCCCCUCGGAGAGAGGAGGGCUGGGAACGCGAAGACUGGGGAAGAGGAGGUGGCAGGGGCAAGAAGGGGAGGAGCAGAAAGAAGUUUCCGGAAGAAUGGGCUGUGCUUCAGGAUCCGGCCCUUUCCACUCCGGGCUUUCAUUCCCAAGAGAUAGCGGCGGAGCUGCUGGCGCCCUCCCUCAGCCGCCCCCAGGCCAUGGACACCUCCGGCCCCGGAAUGCAGGACCCCCUCGUCUGCCUCACCGAGGACUCCCACCCGCUCGGCCUGGAUGACGGCCUCAUUCCCAGCAUGCCCUCCUCCCUCACUCAGGACCUGUUCUCUCUCACAGCCUCCUUUCCCGCUUCCUCACUGAGCCCUGAGCCCUUCCCUGCUGGCCCCACCGCCAUAUCUCCCAGUCUGGGAACAGGCCCCUCGCCCAAAGAGACCCCCCCACAGUCACCCGGUCUGGAGAAUUCCUUUUCCGCAGGUGGCACAGGCACCCCUGUGGCCCCCCUCUUAGCAGCCGGUAGCCCCACUCCGGCGAAGGCCGAAGAAGGCUUGUCCUUUCUUCCCUCAGAUCUUUUUACUGCUGACACCCCUCCUUCCACAGAUAGCGAGGCUCUCCCUCCCAGUCCUAAAGGUGAACAGGCCCAGGGUAUGCCCAGCCAGAAGGCCUCAUUUGGGCCUGUGCCCUCUUCCCCACCAUUGUCUAUAGAGUCUCCUCUUUCAACCAGCACCUCUCCACAACCUGAGGCCCCCGCUGGUAAAAUGGCCCCUGCUCCCUCAUCAGAAACGUCUAGCAAAGACAACAUCCAUGUAACUACGAAAGAUUCCACUCUCAUACCUGUUGAAGGGGAAUUGUCUCCUCCUUUAACACCCUCUCAUAUGGACAGCUUUACUCUUGAAUCCCCACUGUCAGAGGAGCACCCUGAAGACACCCAAGGCCUCCUUCCCGCGUCCUCUCCUAAAGAGCCGAAAGAGGCUGCAGGCCAAAAGCGGAAACAGCCGAAAAAAUCCCGCUCCUCCUCCUCAAAGAGUCCGACCUCGCCAGUCCUCAGCCCCUCCGCCUCAACUCCUCCGGCUGUCAGCUCACUCUCCCCGCUGGCUGCCCCCUUCCCCGCUCCGAACUCGGACCUGAACCCCACGGCCGUGCCCUUUUUCCCCAUCCUGUCGGAGCUCCAGGAGCCCCCCCCAGGGGACCCCUUGAUGGCAGAAGUGAAAACCGAAAAAACAGACAACUCUCAGAAGGUGGAGAAAUUUGACCUGUUUGAUACGAAGGAGGUGAAGGUGGAGAAGUUUGACAUGUUUGAGAAGAAAGAUAAGGCAGACAGUGUGGACAAGCUCGAGAAAGAGAAAACCGAGAAGGUGGAGAAAAUGGAUGUCCUAGAAAAAACUGACAAAGCAGAGAAGAAGACAGAGGAGAAGAUGGACAAGGUGGAGAAGGCAGACAAACAAGAAAAGAUGGAGAAGACAGACAAGUUGGAGCAGUUGGAGAAACAAGAAAAGAUUGAAAAGACAGAGAAAGUGGAGAAGGUGGAGAAACAGGAAAAAAUGGAAAUGGCAGCCAAGAUGGACAAACAAGAGAAGUUGGAGAAGACUGACAAGACAGAGAAAGUGGACAAGGAUAAAGAGGUGAAGUCGGAAAAGGCUGUGAAGGUAGACCAGGCCGAGAAGAUGGAAAAGGUUGAAAAGGUAGAGAAGACUGAGAAGAAGGAGAAUAAAGCAGGAACCGCUGAGAAGAAGGACGACACGGAAAUGACAGAUAAGGCCGACAAAGGAGACAAAGCCGAGAAGGCGGGGAAACCGGCUGGAAAGCCCCCGGUGACGAACGGGGUCAGUGCAGCACCCAGCAAGGACGCUACCAGCCCCGACAAGAAGACUAAGCCCGCCGCUGCUGCGUCAGCCAAACCCGGCGCUGGCAAACCGCGGCCGAGCUCGCUAUCCACGGGCGCGGCCGCGCCCAAACGCCCGUCCCCCACUUCCAACUCCGCCGCCCCCGGCAAAAAAAGCCCCAUGCCUAAGGCCACUACCCCUACCGCUGGCGCCAAGCGGCCCCCGUCCGCUGCCAGCCGCCCCCCCGCCUCUGCCGCGCCCCGUGAGGUCAAGCCCAAGACCAGCGCUACAGAGAAGCGCCCCCCUGUGGCCAAGGCCAACGCCGCCGCCCCGGGAGCGUCCGCGGCCUCCAAAAACGGCUCUUCGGCCACGGACGCGGCGAAGCCCCGCGUCCCCCUGUCCACCCGCGCCCCGGCCAGCGCCCCCGCGGCCCGACGCCCCGCAGCUGCCAAGACUGAGAGCAAACCAGGGGAAGUGAAGAAAUCAAGCACACCAAAGACUCCCCCAGCUGACUCCAGUCGCCCCAAGACCACCCCAAACCGGGGCCCGGUCGCCCUCUCCAGCACCCUCGUGGCAAGCACCGCCGCGACCCGCGCCCGAGCGGCCGCCGCCGCCGCUGCCCCUGCCAAACCCGCCGCCCCGCCCGAGAGGAAGCCCCCCGUCCCACGCGCGCCCCGCUCCAGCGCCACGCCCCGCCCCACCACCGCCCCCGCUCCGGACAUCCGGAAUGUCCGCUCUAAGAUCGGCUCCACGGAUAACAUGAAGCACCAGCCGGGCGGAGGCAAGGUCUCUGCAGCACAGAGCAGAACUGACACUCUGGCACAGGGUUCCCUCACCAAAGAGACCAGCCAGAGCAAAGUUCAGAUAGUCAACAAAAAGCUGGACUUCAGCCACGUCACCUCACGCUUGGGUUCCAAGGACAAUAUCAAGCAUGUGCCUGGUGGAGGGAAUGUCCAGAUACUGAACAAGAAGGUUGACCUAAGCAAAGUGACAUCAAAAUGUGGCUCCAAGGCCAAUAUCAAGCACAAACCAGGAGGUGGUGAUGUGAAGAUAGAGUCCCACAAGGUCAACUUCAAGGACAAGGCUCAGUCCAAAGUGGGAUCAAUGGACAACGUGAGCCACGAACCAGGGGGUGGCAACGUCAAGGCUGAGGGGGAGCAGGAGACAGCUGGGGGGGAUCUGGCUCCCUCUAGUGGCGCCCCGGCCACGGUGCCGGCGGGGAGCGCCGCCCAGGAGAAUGGCAUAAAGGAGGGCGCGCCCUGCGGGGGGGGAGAGGGGCUCCGGGACCCCCGGGGCCUGGACUCGCGCAUCCCUGAGACAAAUUGAGUCUCGCAAGCUCAGCUUUCGCGAGGGCGCCCGGGCUCGCACGGACCACGGCGCUGACAUCAUCUCCUGGCCAGCCUCGGGCGGGAGCCCACACCACCCACCGCGCAGCGUCUCUCUCAAUGACUCUCUCAGUUCCGCCAGCUUCCUCCGCUCGCCCCCCGCCCUCGCCUCCCUCUCCCUGCCGGGGCAGGGGGGCAUCGGCGCUUCAGCGGGACAUAGGACUUGAGUUCAGCCAUCCCACUCUGACAAACCCCCCCACCCCCCCCCCCCUCCCCUCCCAUCCCAUCCCAUGCCACCAUACCCAGCCCUCACGGUCCCUCCAUUUCCCAAACGGCUAAGCUGACAUUUGUACAUGCACAGGGCCUCAGGCAGGGCAGGACGCACGGUGAGGGAGGGUCUGUCUCGCAGGGUUGGGUCGGGUUGCCAGGGACCUCGCCGUCUCUGCUUCCUGUAAAUCCGAUUGGCUGAGACAGUGCUCGAGAUCGAACCGCUCGUACAGGCGGCGCAAAGUCAGUGCAGUGCAACUGCCCUGCCUGCUCCCUGUUUCCAGCGGCAACGCUCUCUUACACAGUGUGACCCUCCCCCCCCACCUCACCAAAAGCAUGAUGCUUAUAGUGUGGCACUUUAGUCUUACACAGUGUACAGUGUGUCCCUUUGCCAUCUCGGUGACAGAGCAUCUUCAUGGACAGCUCUCCCCUUCCCCCUCCAGCUAUGGAAACCUCCAGGAAUCACAUGUGGCUUAUAGAGCAGUCUAACAGUAAUAAAGUGUAGCACCCCUUAUUGUGAGCAUGUGGGGCUGUCCCAAUAACCAUAGACUACCCUUUCACAUUGCCACAGUCCCACCCCCCAUUUAAAGAGCUCUCCUCUUCAUUCACCUUCGACCUCACUCACAACCAAUAGAAGCAAGUAGUCUGUUUGAACUGUAGGCUAUUUAAAUAUCUUUAAACUCUGUGUUUCGUGAUGAUGUGUUUGAGUAAUUGCUGUAACAAUGAGCUGUGUUGUUAUGUUCUGUUUUUCUUUUUCUUUUUUACUCUGAUUUCUUUUCUUCAUGGUUUGGUUCUUUUUUCUCUCUCUCUCUCUUAAAGCAAUAUGAUGGUUUUUGCUAAUAGGACACAGAAAUCCUCGAAUACACGCACAUAUUUCAGACAGUCGUACACAGACACAGUGAUGGACACACCUCCAAUCAGGGCUUUGAGACUGAGGCAGAUUAUCACGCAUGCAGAGAGGGAGAUGGAGAGGCAGUUAAACAGGAAGGUGAUGGAACUGGAGAGGAAAUGCUGAGGUACAAUAUUUAGGGACAGCUGAAUGUGUAUUCUAGAGUUUGUACAAUGUUCCUAUGGUGUAUGUCUUUCCUAGACUGAUUUUAAUGAGUAUUGCUUAGCUGCUUCCAAUCCAGUGGCAGAUAUGACUUAUCCUGGAGAGUGCAGUUUGUCAUUGUGAUGCGAGACGUGAUGUUGUCAUGAUUGAAACCUAAAACGGAAAGGAACUUGCUGCAAAGGAACAAGUGUGAGAUUGGUGGAAGGACGUGCCAAGAAUGUGCCUCUUUCCCUGAUUAACUGAAACUUGCACAGGUACUGGGCAUGUUUCAAAGACUGAGGAGCUCUUACUGAAUGUUAGAAAGUCAGUUUAAGAAAGCAUUCUUUGUAACCACCUAGUAUACUCUUUGCUCUUUUGGAUUCUGUACUAAAUCAACUGUAAUUUCAGUUGUGUUGUUAGUUUUGUUUUUGUUUGUUUGUUUGUUUUUUUGGAAGGGGGUUACAUAUUGUGUUAUUGGCUAAUAUUUGGUUAACAGUAUCUGAAUAUUUGUCAGGCGUUCCCUGUGGGUAUUGGCCAUAGAACACUAAGUGUGGCUUGCAUUUGUAACACUGUAAAAAAAAAAUAUAUGACUACCGUGUAAAAGUUCAAGGCAGGGCAAAACGGUCUUCACAGCUUAAGAGAUUUCAGUAAUCUGUAAUGCAAUGUUGUGGUCUGGUAUCCAUGUCCAUUGAGAAUUUUGAAUGAGGCUCUCGUUGUUCAGUAGAGAAGUGGUAAUAACUUUGAAGCUUGCUGUGACGCUACUCAGUGCCGUUAAUCUUUAUUUCAGCUCACCUGUAUUGAGACAGUGGGCAGGAGGUCUAAGGCAAGGUUACUGCUCUUGAUUUGACCUACUACAGUGAUUAAAUUUCUCAGCUAACAUUACUAAUUAGCCUAUAUGAGCUAUACAGGUCCCCUAAACUAUUUGAGGGGUGGGAGUCUUAUGCAUUGAUUAAGAGACCAUGCGGGGUGGCCGGUAGUUUAUGUGUGUGUGUGUGUGUGUGUGUGUGUCAGUUAGGAUGGGAAACCCUUGAUCUUUUCAACAUCCACUGAAUGUAACUAGUGCUCUGCUACAUUCUAAAGUCAAUUUCAGAAGGCAUCCACCCUGAGUAAUGCAAGAAGGAAUAUCCUGGAAAGCAGGACACACACAUAUAAUCAGUCGCUUCAUGUCCGUUUCCAAGGAUUCUGUUAAAUUUAAUGAUGUUGGCCUGUUGGUACAAUGUUUGCUAGGCAAAAGUACAAAUGAUCAGAAAAGGCAUGUUAUGCUUAAAUAAGAGAUAAGGGUACACUGUGAUGAAGAGCAGAUGGGAUUUCUUGUUAGUUCACAGUGCGGGAUAGAGGGCCUCAAUCUAAUUAAAUGAAGGAAACUCAAUGCACAUGUAAGUCAGAAAAUGUAUAGUAAUGGAAAUCAAAGUGUCGGGAAAGACAGCAGUUAAGAAAACUGAAAAUAAAAUUUCAAACGAUAAUCUUUUUCACGCUUGAAUAAUCCCUUGAGUUAAAAACGAUUUUAAAAAAGGAAAUUCGCAAUAAUGUUUACUAUUAAUAUCAAAGAUGUUAUUUUGAAUGAAGAGAGGUUUGUAGAUAUUUCUAUAUGAGCUAUUUUGUAGUGUGGCACUAGCGCAAGCGGUUGCUGUAGACCUGUCUUAGUCUCCUGGUGGUGAGCCUGCACACUGUGGAUUUCAAUGUCGUGCUUCUGAUGCCACGGUCGUUCUCAAACCGAGUACUCCUUGUGCCUGUCCGCGGCCACUUUAAGAUCACUCACCUUCCCCAGUCUUUACUACAACUCACACUCAUCCCUCUGUGAUCACAAGGUUGUAUAUAGAUAUAUAUCUUACUGUUUAUACACUAUAUCACCACAGGGAAAAAAAAUAUUUUUAGGAUCAUGUGGAUGUCGAGUACGAGUUUUACAUUCAUUUAGCUUUUAACCAUUUCUGGGAAGUGUUUUUCUUUUUUUUUUUUUUUUGGAAAUUCAGUAAGUUUGCCUUUUUUCAGAAAAAGGGCUGAAGAAAAAGAAUGUUUUUGAAACGUAAUGUAAUAAAGAUGCAAGACGCUUUUAUGUGUUUUCGUUUCGUUCUCCGAGCCACGGUGUGGUGGGUGUGUGGAUAGGGAGCGGGUGAGGGGUGUGUUGUGGGUAGCGGGUUUGUCAGCACGGAGGGGGCUAACUGUUUCCUCCUGUCUCACAUGGCCCAAGCUACCCACCACUCCCCCCUCCUCAGCCCCAGUCUUAAAACUCUGCCAUUUGCAGGAAAGGCCUUUCCUAUCAACACACCGGGACACUCUGGCUUUCUCACACCCAAAAUAAAAUGGAUUGAAGUUUUAAGUGUAUAAUUUGAGAUGUUUUUAAUGUGCCAUUAUGGAACGGGGUGCUCUGUGCAGUCGGAAAGGUGAGCAGCGAUGUCUGGAGUAAUCUCAGAUCUGGGAACAGUUAUGCCUCCUGUGUCCUGCUCCGUACAUACGUGGUCCUGGAGUGUUGUGGUGAUGUUGGUGCCCUUCCGUACCCCUUGUGUGAGACUAACAGUAGCUGUCGGUCAGCCUGUGUUACUUAUAGUGCUCCGGGGAAAGCGGCAACAAGCCCCGUAGUCCUGCUUCUGCUAGUAGAGCGUACCAAAUGUGCACACAUACUAAUAGCACACCGUAUGAGCAUGCUGAAGGGGUUCUGUUAACUAGACGGUUGUCAUUCACGGGAAUUGUUUGUCGUUAUUUUUUUCUUUUUCUUUCAUUUUGGAUUACUUUUUUUGGUUUGAAAGAAGUGUUAUUGUGGUUAAUUGUUAACUAGUGAUGUGAUUAUUAAACAUGAAAUAAAAUUUAAAAAAUUAAGAA